AAUUAUUUCAUGUAAUAUUUUUGAUAUUCGAUUCUUUUAACAUUUUUUAGAUCUACGCAUGCCCGCUGACUGAAAUUCCAAUCGACGAUCGAUCUAUGCCGCUUUCAUUUCUGUCAGAUUCCUUGGGGGGUGUACGUAAAGUUCCGGGAUCGGUUGACGACAGAAAUAUAACUUUAAAUUUAAUAAUUUUAGUUAAAAAGUGAAGUGGUGAAAAGGGCCAUCAACAUGGGGUCGUUGUUCCGCAGUGCGGAGAUGACACUUUGUCAACUUUUUCUUCAGAGUGAAGCGGCCUAUGCUUGUGUGUCCGAGUUGGGUGAACUAGGACUUGUCCAAUUUCGAGACUUAAAUCCGGAUGUCAAUGUGUUUCAAAGAAAAUUUGUUAAUGAAGUCCGAAGAUGUGAUGAAAUGGAAAGGAAGCUACGCUAUCUGGAGAAGGAAAUCAAGAAGGAUGGUAUUCCGAUGUUGGAUACUGGUGAAAAUCCUGAAGCACCACAACCCAGGGAAAUGAUAGAUUUAGAGGCUACAUUUGAAAAACUAGAAAAUGAACUUCGCGAAGUCAACCAGAAUGCCGAAGCUCUAAAAAAGAAUUUCCUUGAGCUGACAGAGUUAAAACAGAUCCUGAGAAAGACUCAAGUGUUUUUCGAUGAGCACGAGGGGGGCACUAAUCCCACCGAAUCUAUGACCAGGGCGCUGAUAAGCGAAGACGCUAUCGCGAGGCAAAGCGGCCCCGUCCAGCUAGGUUUUUCAGAGAAGCAUUAUGACCCAGAGGAGUACUAUCCAUGCUUUGUCGCCGGAGUGAUCCUGAGGGAGAGGAUUCCCGCUUUCGAACGGAUGUUAUGGAGGGCGUGCCGUGGCAAUGUGUUCCUGCGUCAAGCCGAGAUCGAGACACCAUUGGAAGACCCAUCAACGGGCGACCAAGUUUACAAGUCCGUCUUCAUAAUCUUCUUCCAAGGUGACCAACUAAAGACUCGCGUAAAGAAAAUUUGCGAAGGUUUUAGAGCCACUCUGUAUCCUUGUCCUGAAGCCCCAGCUGAUCGCAGGGAGAUGGCCAUGGGCGUCAUGACACGCAUUGAAGACCUUAACACAGUUUUAGGUCAAACCCAAGAUCACAGACAUAGGGUAUUAGUAGCUGCCGCAAAGAAUAUCAAAAACUGGUUUGUAAAAGUCAGGAAGAUCAAAGCUAUCUAUCACACCCUCAACUUGUUCAAUCUGGACGUAACACAAAAAUGUCUGAUAGCUGAGUGCUGGGUUCCAGUGCUGGACUUGGAGAACAUUCAGCUGGCUUUAAGAAGAGGAACUGAACGAAGUGGUAGUUCUGUGCCACCCAUCUUGAACCGCAUGGACACGCCCGAGGAUCCGCCCACCUACAAUCACACCAACAAGUUCACCUCGGGUUUCCAGGUGUUGUACGACGCCUACGGUAUCGCCUCCUACCGGGAAAUGAACCCAACUCCCUACACCAUCAUCACUUUCCCGUUCUUGUUCGCCGUGAUGUUCGGCGACUUGGGACACGGCUCUCUAAUGACGGUCUUCGCGGCCUGGAUGGUCCUGAAGGAAAAGCCGCUGCAGGCGCAAAAAUCAGAUAACGAGAUUUGGAACAUAUUUUUCGGUGGACGGUACAUCAUACUUCUAAUGGGUCUGUUUUCCAUGUACACUGGACUAAUAUACAAUGACGCUUUUGGAAAAUCUCUAAAUAUAUUUGGAUCUAGUUGGCGAGUUUCAAAUUACAAUUAUAACUAUACUCAGUCUGUUACUGAUAUUAUGUUAGAUCCAGCUUCAGAGGACUACAUAGGUUAUCCAUAUCCUCUGGGUAUGGAUCCUGUUUGGCAGCUGUCAAAGAACAAAAUUAUUUUUCAAAAUUCGUUUAAGAUGAAAAUUUCCAUCAUUCUUGGAGUUACCCACAUGUUGUUUGGUGUUGCUAUAAGUUUCUUCAAUCAUACAUACUUCAAGAACAGGCUUAGCAUUAUUUGUGAGUUCAUUCCUCAAGUUAUAUUUUUGGUAGCGUUGUUCUUCUAUAUGGUUAUCUUAAUGUUUAUUAAAUGGACGAAAUAUUACGCUACACUAACGGAUACGCCUUUGGGUCCAAGAUGCGCACCUUCUGUAUUGAUAUCCUUCAUUAACAUGGUGUUGGUGAAAGACACGCCCUACGAGGCAGUCUGCGAAACGCCCUACAUGUACGCCGGUCAGGGCGGUAUUCAGAUGUUUUUGCUUUUGUGCGCGUUCGUUUGUAUCCCUUGGAUCUUGCUGGCCAAACCGAUCAUGAUCAUGAGAAGCAGAAAAGAAACCAGCCAAUAUUCGGUUACUCACAAUCAAUUAAACUCUGCCACUGAGAACGGUGACGCCGAACAACCUAUUCAUAACAACACUUCCCAGCCGCCUGCAGCCGCCCACGGUGGUGAUGGACACGACGAAGAGCCCAUGGGUGAGAUCUUUAUCCAUCAGGGCAUCCACACCAUCGAAUACGUCCUAGGAUCUGUCUCGCAUACCGCGUCUUACCUUCGUUUGUGGGCUUUGUCUUUAGCUCACUCUCAACUCUCUGAAGUACUGUGGAGCAUGGUACUGAACAAGGGAUUGACCGUCGACGGUUGGACCGGCGGAGUGGCAUUGUACAUUAUCUUCACCAUUUGGGCGUCGCUCACUGUCUCUAUUCUAGUCCUUAUGGAGGGUCUGUCAGCUUUCCUGCACACACUCCGUCUUCAUUGGGUCGAGUUCUGUACCAAAUUUUAUUCUGGAAACGGAUAUGCCUUCCAGCCAUUCUCAUUCGAACUCAUUCUCGAUUCAGCUUCUCAAUCCAAGGAAGAAUAAGAUAGUUAAUGUUAAUAAUUUAUAAUAUCGUUUUUCGUCUUAACGCAUGUAUGAAGUUUAAGUUUAAUAAACCAUUUUUAACAUGUUAUUACUUUUGACAAUUAUUACUCUUAACUAUUUUCAGUGGCUCAUUAUAGUUACAGCUAGCAAGUGCUGUACUUAAAUAUAACUGAUAAUUAUUAAAAUUCGUGAUGUGUAAUUCUAUAUAGAGUUGAAUGCGCUUUUGUAUGUAGGGCUUAAAAAAAUAUAUGCGUGCAGUAGGCAUAUGACAAAAUUGUUAUAGGUUUAUAUCUGAAAUUUUUCAAACUAUUUUUGAUUUAUGAAACGCAUGCAGAUUUUAAAAUAUCUAUAGGCACUUAUAAAAUGCGAAAUGAUUAGAUCCAGUUUGGAAACUUCCAAGAAACAAUCCUAUUAGAACUUGAAUAUUUGACAGAAUAUUUAUUUCUAUGUGAAUUUUUAAAAAAGCGCAUAUAUUUAUAUUAAUUGGCAUGUUAAAAAUAUCUGAAAAUGUAUUCAUAUAAAGAAAAUAUAAAUGCUUA